AUGAAAAAAUUAAAUUAUUCGACUGAUGCGCAAGAAGUCGAGCUCUUUCCUCAAGGAACCUAUGAUUCACGUGAUGUUGAUUCUGAUAAACUUGCAACGACUUUGACAAAGAAUGGGAGCAAAAGCCUUGUGGAAAAUCGCCAACAGUACUCUCUCAAGUAUUGGAAGAAAGCUGUGGAGGAUAUUGCGUUGACUCCAGAAGGGGAAAAAGUGUCCUGCGAUGAGCUUUUUAAUGUCUACACCGUACGAGCGCCCAUAAACCAUGGAUUGUGCCGACAGCCAAAGUGUCUCCCUGCUGGUUCCCGUUUGCAGUUUGAAAUGGUGAAAAACUUUGCUUCGAAAAUUUUGGCCAAGCAUAAUGCUUUUCAAGAGUGUAGGAUGUUGACGUCAAUUUUCGAAAGACUAACCACAGACAAAUACUCUUUUUCAAACGAUUUAGAGCUAGAAGAGAAAACAACUGUGUGUAGAAUUGUUGAAGAGUGCAAGUGCGCCGAGUUAGUUGUUAAUUAUCCUGAUAUGGUUGUCAAACAAUUGAAAGAAGGCCGUUUUUAUACACCUGUCAAUGAGAAUGUCAAAUCUGAUGCACAUGGACUUUUCGACAAAGAGCAAAUUGAGGGAAAAACAGGGGUUCUAUCAUAUAAAUAUUGGCAGCCACAUACAACGACAAUUAAAGUCUUGAAAACGCAGACAAUGAAAGACGAAACUGAUAAGUUGGAUUAUACGAUAUUUUACAAGAAAAAAGACAAGCAUGAUCAUGAAGAGCCCAAUAUUACUGAUCAUAUGCUUGAAUCUGUGUAUUGCACGCCUGGAGGAUGUGUUGAUUUUUUCGAAUUCCAAAAUGAAAACUGGUGUGUUCCGAUGAAGUUCGACGAUCGAGCUGGAAAACACGGUCUUGUGACUGUUAAAAUCACUUUUGCUGGAGAAAUAAACGGGUCAUGGGAUGCUUUCGUCACAAAAAUUCCAGUCGAAGAUCUAAUUCUAGACAAAGCUAAAAAUGAGGCUCUGGUCGAUCGUGUCACUCCAAAAAAAUGA